AUGGACGAUAGUUUUUUUAAAAUAUCUUUUCCUUCUGAUUCAGGUUUGUGUGAAAACAACGAUCUUGUUCAUUCUUCAAUUUUCCCGUCAUUGUGCUCGUCAUUGGUCCACGAUAAAAUAUCGAAUAUUAACAAUGGAUUAGAAAAUAAUUGCUUUUUUCCUGAUGACUAUAAAUGUUCCAAACUUUCAACCAUGAUUCGUUGGCAGUCCGAUGCUGAAAAUUUAAAUGCUAAUUCAAAUUCGUCUAAUCAAGAAAUGUCCAUAGCGGAAAGUUAUUUACCGGAUGACUUCUGUAUAAAGAAAACUGUUCCUUCAGCAUCAGUUCUCGAUGACUUGAUUUCACCAAUGUCACGCUUGUCGACAUCAUCAUCUGUCAUGUCGUUUAAUAGUCUUGGCAAUUACAAGGUACCUCAACAGUUACCAUCUGGGCCGGCCAUAACAAAUUCAAGUGACCAAUUAAUCGUACCAAAUGAAAGCGCAAAUAUUUUUCCUUCGGUAUCAUCAUUUCAACCUUUGCCAAAUCGUCAAACACUUUCUUCUAUUGACAAUAUACAAUUACCGAAAUCAGAUCAUGAUCUUCAACGAGUGCCACCUUCGUUCAUGUUGAUGCAACCAACAUCUUCUUAUGUGAACCGUUCAAUUCUUUGUCCGCAACCACCACCGCAAGUAGUUCAUAGUACAACUCGAUCAAAUACUAUGCCAAACUGGCGUGGUCAUCUGCCUAUGCAACAUGAGGCGGUCACCAUCGAUGAAUAUCAAAUAACAGCUAGUUUUUCUCGAAAAGUUUUUCUUGGUGGUAUUCCAGCUGAACUGAGUGAAGCUGAACUUUUGUUGGUUUUGAGAAAAUUUGGUAAAUGUAAUAUCAAAUGGCCAAAAAAUGAUGGAAACAAUCAUAAUACUCCGGGUUUGAAAAUUCUUCUUCUUUCAAAUAUGUCCGUUUACUUGAUAUUUAUUAAUUUUGAAGGUUUUUGCCAUCUGGUUUAUCGAGACGCACGUUCAGUUGGUGAACUUCUUAAGCAUUGCACACGACAACAACGUGCUACUGUCGACUAUUUUCUUCAUAUUCAUAUGUUACCUUCAUCAACAUUAGAUGACUUUUCUGCUCGUACAACUCGAUUCAAGCCAAUUCAAGUUGUUCCUUGGAAUAUGAAAGAUAAUGUAUACGCUGUUCAACAAAAGAAUGUGCGACAUCAUGAGCCAUCUUACAAAGAUUGGUCACGAACUAUUUUCGUUUCACCACUUCAUGGCAAAAUGACUGCGUUCAGUCUAGACACCAUCAUGUCCAAUGUAUUCGGAGCAGUUUCAAUAACUCAAAUUAAUACGGAUAAAUAUGGAUAUCCUACAGGUACAGGAACGGUACUGUUUUAUGACUCACAUAGUUAUAUGCGUGCAGUUGCUGCUGGUACAAUUGAUAUAAAAUGUGAUUGUUUCCAUAAAUUGCUUGAUAUUGAUCCAUUUUUACGUGAAAACGAACCAUGUGCAUUUUGUCCAUCGACUGCUGAUGCUUUUUGUCGAAAUUUUCAUUGUCUUCGUUCGUAUUGUAAACAGUGUUGGCUUGAUAUUGAUCCAUUUUUACGUGAAAACGAACCAUGUGCAUUUUGUCCAUCGACUGCUGAUGCUUUUUGUCGAAAUUUUCAUUGUCUUCGUUCGUAUUGUAAACAGUGUUGGGUACAAAAACAUGGCCCAAAAUCGCUUGCUGGUCAUCAACCCGUAACAAGAAGAGAGCAAAUAUUCUAA